UACAACCGUUAGUAAGGAACUACUUUCAUUGGCGGCAUCGGCCAUUUUAGAACAGUUUACGAUAGUAAUUUACAAUCUUUCUGAAUCUUUGGUAAAUUGUGGUCAUCGAAAUGGCUGAUAGAGAGGAUUUAGUUUACAUGGCCAAGUUGGCUGAACAGGCCGAGAGAUAUGAUGAAAUGGUUGAAUGUAUGAAGAAGGUUGCACAAAUGAAUGUAGAUUUAUCAGUAGAAGAAAGGAACCUUUUAUCUGUAGCAUUUAAAAAUGUAAUUGGAGCAAGACGGGCAUCAUGGCGAAUAAUGAGUAGUUUAGAACAAAAGGAAGAAUCGAAAGGGGAGAGUGAAAAGAAAGAACAAAUGAAAGAAUAUAGAACUAAGAUUGAAGAGGAGCUUAAAGGCAUUUGCAACAGUGUUUUAGAUAUAUUAGAUAAAAAUCUGAUCCCACAAGCAACAAAUGGUGAAUCAAAAGUAUUUUAUUAUAAAAUGAAAGGAGAUUACCAUAGAUACUUGGCUGAAUUUGCUACAGGAAAUGAUAGAAAGGAAGCUGCAGAAAACAGUUUAGUUGCUUAUAAAGCUGCAAGUGAUACAGCUCAUACAGAUCUAGCACCUACUCAUCCUAUACGUCUAGGUUUAGCACUGAACUUUUCUGUGUUCUAUUAUGAGAUCCUAAACUCGCCAGACAGAGCCUGUAGGUUAGCAAAAGCAGCAUUUGAUGAAGCUAUAUCAGAAUUGGAUGCUUUAAGUGAAGAGAGCUAUAAAGAUUCAACGUUAAUAAUGCAGUUGCUAAGAGAUAAUUUAACACUUUGGACAUCAGAUAUGCAAGGUGAAGAUACAGAACAGAAACAGGAACAAGUACAAGACCUAGAAGGAGAGGAUGCAUCAUAAGGAAUGUAGUGACCUAGUUAACGAUGAAUUAUUCAAAUUUUUAUUAAAUUGACACAUUAGUGUGAUUGAAGACAUCAUCUGUAUGGAAAUGAGGAAAAGGUCACCUGCUUACGUCACAUGGAAUAGUUAAAAAGACCAUAUUCCUACAGGUUGUAACUGUGACGUACCCUGUAUUGCCCCCAUUUGUAAUCUUUCUUUGUAUUGUUCAGAAAUCUCAUUAGUAUGUGAAGCAUGGAAUAUUGGUCAGCUAUAGGUAUUUUCAGUGCACAUGACCCAAUGUACUUUUGCAUUGUUGUCGAUUUAGCACCUCAAAAGUAGCUAUCAUUUAUUUUAUUUUAUAAUUUUCAUAUUCCCUGUGUCUAUUUGAAGUGCUCUAUCUUAGUUGCAUAGUAUUCCAUGCUUCUUUCUUGAUCUUUUUUUUAUCAAAUACCUUUCUUUAACAGUCGUAGGUUAUUUUCAUUGCUUUCGUAAUUGUGCUUUGGAAAAAUGGUGACUUGUUGUAUACUAGUAAGAGGACCAAAUACUUUCAUCUGUGACGUUUUUGAUACUAUUGUGACAUGUAACGUAGAUUUGGAAAAGCAGGUGUGUAUUUGAACUUUUUUUUGUGGGGAUAUCUGUGACAUUAUUAUUGCGAUAUUGUCAAAAUGCAUGAUAUAUAUGUGUCCAUUUAUUUAUUAUCAGAAUUCAGACAGUUGUAACCAGGUAAAUUGAUGUUUAAAUUCUCUGUUCUACUAAAUUUUACAGGUUUAACAAAUAUCUUUUCCCCAAAUCUGUACCUCCAUAUUGAAAUUGAAUAUAAUAGUGCUUGUAAGAAGGAAAGCAGUGAAAUUUGGUCCAGUUUCUAUAAAUGUACUUCAGUUGAAAAAUUUAUUAGGCCAGUACUCCUAGAAAGAAAAUCGUUAGCCAUUUUUAUCAUGUUUUUUGACAAAAUCCUUGUGCAUUUGAUUGAUAUUCCUUCUUGAGAGUUAAGAUAUCUCUUUACCUGGAUAAAAAUUGUAAUAUCUAUUGUUCAUAUAUAGUGUAGACAAUUUGAUGGAGUUUAUUAUAUUUAUAUGUACCUUUUUAAUUAAGUGUGAAAAGGAAACAGUAUUGGAUGUUUACUUAAAACAGCAGCACACAAUGUUGUACCUCAUUCUUCUCCGUAACAGCAGUACAGUGUCCGUUUUUAAACAUCACCAAAAAUCUGCUUUUUGAAUAAAAAGGCAUUUGAAUGUUAAUUUACAUGUCAACAUUUAUAAAAGGAAGGUUUAAAAAAACAUAUUCUUGAAAUAUUACCAUGACAAUCUGGAAAUUCACUCUUGUGGUAGAAAUUAUUGAUGAAAAAAUCUGGACUAAUUAAAAGCUAACUGUAGUUAUGAGUGAUUUUUUAAAUGAUCUGAUAUAAGAGAAGAUAAUUUUUGUGAUUAUUUUUUAUAUUGUUUGUUUAGUCUGGCUGUCUGGUGUUGUGAUCAAAUCUCACAAUCUUCUCUCUCUCACCAUUAUUGAUAGUUUCAAAGCAUAGAUUAUUCUAGAUAAUACAUUUAUAUAUGAUAAAUUUGUAAAAUGUCAUGCUUUUAACAGUAAAACAUGCUGAUCAU